AUGAACAUCCUCUACUCCACCGUCAACACGCUGCGCGACCGCUACACGCCCGCCAAGCACACAUCGACGUUCCGCAACACCGGCGAGAUCACCCCCGAAGAGUUUGUGGCCGCCGGUGACUACCUCGUGUACAAGUUCCCCACCUGGUCGUGGGCCGAUGCCGAACCGGCCAGCCGCCGCUCGGCCCACCUGCCGGCAGGCAAGCAGUUUCUGGUGACGCGCAACGUGCCGUGCCACCGGCGACUGGACGAGACCUUUGCGAGCGCGGCCGGCAGCGGGUUCGACGAUGUCGUGGAGGGGAGCGGCGCCGGCGGCAAGGGCAACGUCGACGAUGACGAGGAUGGCUGGCUGCGGACCGGCGGCGGCGGCGGUGCCAGUGGCGGUGCCAGCAGCAGGGCCGGUGGUGAUGCACAAAAGGACGACGCGUGGAGCAAGUCGUCACAGGCCGCGGCUGCCUCGUCGGACCAGCUCGAUGACGUUGAUGACGACGACGACGACGAUAUCCCCGACAUGGAGGAGGAAGACGACGACGAGGCCAUCAUCCCGGAGCCGACUGAUCCCAAGAACGGCAACCGCUCGUACACCAUGUACAUUAUGUACUCGCCGUACUACCGGACACCACGCCUCUACCUGUCGGGCUACCUCCCCAACGGCCAGCCGCUGCCGCCGCACCUCAUGAUGGACGACAUUGUCGGCGACUACAAGGACAAGACAGUCACGCUCGAGGACUUCCCCUUCUUCGCCCACAGCACCAAGAUGGCCAGCGUCCACCCGUGCAAGCACGCGCCCGUCAUGAAGGUGCUGCUCGACCGGGCCGACGGUGCUCUGAAGCGCCGGCGCGAGAAGCUGGCGGGGCAGCGCGGCGGGAACGUGUCCGGCCUCGAGGGCCUGGUCGACGGCACAAAGAACCUGGACAUUGGUGGCGGCGGAAGCAGCGGCAAGCCGGAUGCAGCACCGCCGUCGGGCGGUGCCGGCUCAUCGGACGAGUGGGAAGAGGUGCAGGCCGACCUAGACGAUGGCGAGGUGGCCAUCCGGGUAGAUCAAUACCUGGUGGUGUUUUUAAAGUUCAUUGCCAGCGUCACACCCAGCAUUGAGCACGACUUUACGAUGAGUGUGUAG